AUGCCAUCGGCCCCACCACCUCCGUCAAUGACGAGCUCGGCGACGGAUGCUGUCCGGCCCUAUACCUACAAGAAACGACCCUACGCGCAAGCGUGUCUAGCAUGUAAAGCGCGCAAGAUCCGUUGCGUCGAAGCCGACAAUCCGCCAUGUAAGGCGUGUCGGACUGCCCGAAUCCCCUGCGAGUUCCCCGAACGCUCAGUCCGCCGUCGACGAUCCGCAGCAGCCCCAACAGCCCCGAGCGCGAGUGAUGCCGAGAGCGCAGCUGGGGUGAUUGAGCGCCGUCUCGAGCGUCGCCUACAACGGAUCGAGGAGGCACUGCGUCUCUCCCCGCCCCGUCGGGUGCGGCGAAGCAGCGUGAAAUCUGAUGGCGAGGGCGAGGGUGACGGCGAGGGUGACGACGGCAGUAGUUCAGAAGAAGAACUCGAGCCGCCGCGCUUCACCCUCGGAGCCGCCGAGUUGCCAGUCUACCACGGCGAAACGAGUAUGCACGAGGACGCGGUGAUCGAUCCCUCGCCCAAGACGAGUUCGUCUGCGCCGACUAAUAAGCCGAGCGUGGAUGCUAGCCAGUGGACACACGAGGAUAUACGCGCCCUCACCCGUCUGCGGCACAAGUACGCUGCUGCCGAUGAGGGAGAGGCACUCAUGGAUGCGUACUUUACCUGGGCGUCACCGAGUACGGCCGUGGUUAAUCGCCGCCUCUUCCUGCGUGAUAUGGCUGUGAAUGGACCAUACUUCUCCGACCUGCUCUUGCUGGUCAUGUAUCGUUCGGGACUGCGGUUCUCGCCCAACCUCACUGAGCAAGAGCGCACGAUCCGCUCCGAGCGAUACAUGAACCUCAUUCUCCAGAUGAUCGCCGAGGAACUAAGCAAGCCCAGCUCCAUCGUGACUACACAGGCCCUCCUCUCGCUUGCCGGGACGCAAUCCGCCCGCGGCGAACACACCCAAGCGUGGAUGUUUACGGGAAUGGCAAUCCGCAUGAUCCAGGACCUAGGGAUCCACCUCGCCAUCGAAGAACCCUCUCUCGACGCCAACAUGGACCAGGAGACACGCGAAGUCCGCGUCCGCCUCUACUGGUCCGCCUACUGCUGGGACAAGAGCAUCAGUCUCGCAAUGGGGCGCGAACCAGCCCUGACGAUCUGGAGUUACGCCUCUCCUCCAGCGGUGCUGCUCAACGAAUCCGACGACGACUGGGAAUGGCGGCCAUUCUUCCCAGGCGGUGGAAACCUGGACCUCGUCCUACGCUACCCCCGCACCACGAGCAUGACAAACUAUGUGCUCAAGUACUACGUUGUGCUCAACCAGAUCCUCGAGGAAAUCUUGAUCAACAUGUACAGCCCGCACCGUCCCCAAGCGCGUUCCGUUACAUUUAUCCGGAACGCCGAUGAGAAGCUUAAGAAAUGGUGGGAUGAACUGCCGCCGGCUAUCAAGCUCGACAAGGCGCGCCUUCCCGAGUUCUGCCCGCCCACCAAUAUCACCCUCCUCAACUUGCUGUAUCACUGCGCCAGGAUCCUCCUCUACCGUCCACUGUUGACGGUACGCGCUCAACCGGCGGGCGCGACGAGGUCGCUAGAGGUUUGUCGCGGAGAGGCAAUCGAGAUCCACGCCAUCCUCUCCCUCUGGGGCAGGACAUACGGCAAUAUCAACAUGGUCUACCUGAUCAUGUACACGACCUUUGUGGCGGCCGGCGUAGACGUCAUCCUCCUCCGUAUCGGCGACGAGCGAACCCGCGAAGAAGCCCUCGAAAGGGUGCACCUCUCCCUCUCGAUUCUCGAGCAAGUGUCAGGCCAGGGACCGGGUAUCAGGCGCGGUAUCAGCAUCAUCGCAUCCCAGCUCCAGGCGACGAUGCAGCGCCACUUUGCGCCCUCCAACGGGACUGGAUUUGCUGAGAGUGCUGUCCGAAACAAGGCGCACGACACGACGCCAAUGACGCAGCCCCAAACCAUUGACGCCCUCACUGGGCCCGGAUUCCACGACCCACUCGCCCCGAUCGCGUUCCAGUCCCCCGCGCUCUUCGACGAUCCGCAAGCCCUCGCUGACCUCCUCGGCGAGAGCAACGUGUGUACGGAUGACCCGUUCGCGUUCCUCACCGCCGACGGGUGGGACGAGAUGCGCCUCGCAGCCUAG